AUGUUAGCUUCACGAAAAAGUAUUUUGCUACUCUUAACUUUCCCACUGCUCAUCGCACAAUCGACAGACUCGUACACUUGGAACGUCCAGCAGGACACAAACUUUAUUGAUGUGGGGCGAAUCGUAGGUAAAAUCAACUCGGAACGUAAAAUAGAUACGAUCCUUCUUAUGAACGCGCGCAAUACCAGCAAGUGCUGCCUCUCCGAUGAGGACAUUAAAAUUCUUAGCGCCAAUAAUACCGUUAAACUAUUGUGGUCGGGAAGUAAUUGCGCGAGCUCCACCGAGCGCCUCAAUUCGGAAAUGCUUCUCAUACGUUGUGUGCCGGAGAACUUUGCAGCAGAACAUUUGGAUCAAAUGGUCAUUUGCCUACAGAAUAGACGUAAUGUGCGUAUGCUGUUUAUCUGGAGUAGCGAAUAUACGAAGGUGUCGCCGCAGCAACAAGUGAAACUGAUGCAGGAACAAGAGCAACUCUUCAAAUAUUGUGCCUACAGACGUUUACUCAAUGUGAUUGGCAUUUACAGAGACUACCUGAGCGAGGGACACUACUACACUUACACUUAUUUUCCACAAUUUCAGCUGCAACGAAAAUCGUUAGCCGACGAUUGCUUUCCCGACCGUGUUAAAGACAUAAAGGGUCUUGCCAUACGCACUGUACACGACCAACUCGAACCCUGGAGUCUGGUUUGGUACGAUCGUAUGGGCAAUGUAAAAAUCACUGGAUUUCUGACAAAAAUCUUAAAUGAAUUCGCCGCCAGAAUAAAUGGUAGUAUUACCUAUCCGGUAGCAGUCCAACCGGGGUCUUUCACUGGCAUGGGAGUCUCAGUGGCUCUACUACAAAAUAACACCAUCGAUAUAAUUACGGGCGCUACUUCAAAUACAACCCACGAUAUAGGCUACUCCGCCGUGCUAUUGCAAUUGGAUUGGAUUUUUAUGUUACCCGUGCCACCACAAAUACCCGACAGCGAGCUUCUCUUAUAUCUCCUUAAUUCAGUGCUGGGUUUGUUUCUGUUAAUCUUCCUCUUCGUCUUCGCUUUCGUGCUCACUUGGCAGAAUCUGCAUUUGCGACGUGCUUGCUCAGUUCGAUUGAGCUUACACUUCUUUUGCUGGAUUCUCAUCAACGUGGUGCUACGAAGUGUGAUCGGCCAACCAUCGUGCACACGCGUACGUGUUUCGGCGAAAUUCCUCAAACGUUUUUUGCACAUUCUUCUGCUAUUCAGUGGCAUUUUUAUGAGCACCUUGAUAUCUGCUAGUCUUCAGUCGUGUCUCACAAGUCCGUUAAGGCGUCCGCGUAUAAACACAUUCCCAGAUUUAAUAAAAUCCAGCAUAUCGGUGAAGAUUAGUCCUGGAGGCUUCAGCUUACUUGACGGAUUGAUCAGUAAACGAUAUGUUCGGGAUCUAAAAAAAGUAUUAAUUGUCAACACCUCCAUUGAUGAGCUGCAACGGCAGCGCACCAACAUGGAUCCUCACUACGGCUACACUUUAUUCAGCAACCUGUGGUCUGUUUUGGCAAGAUAUCAAGCCAACUUACCGCAGCCGCUCUUCUAUGUGAGUGACGAGAUCUAUGUCACCAAAGGCAUGCCGAUGACCAUACCCAUGCAAAAGAAUUCCAUCUACGAAAAUGCGCUUAGUCUGAUGAUAAAUCAGUUUCACAGCGUCGGACUGAUCGAGUUGUGGCACAGGCAAAUGUAUGAUGAUAUGGUGGAGGCAAGAAAGCUGAAUGCGACCUACCAAGGGCAGCAACCGCGGAAUGGAAUAUUCGACUUGGAGGAUUUCUAUUGGUUGUGGUGCGUCUAUGGCGUUGGUGUGACCAUAUCAAUUUUGGUAUUUUUCGCUGAAAUUUGGCAUCACAGAAGGGCGAUGAAAGAACGGGAUGGUGCAAGAAGACCAGGCGUCGCCUGCCUAUCAAUUGAAAAGUGA